AUGGCGGAGAUCAGCUACUAUGAUGCAGACCUGAGCGACGCCAUCACGAAGCUCAACGAGCUCAUGGGCAAAGUUGCCAAGGCACCACCCGGAGUUCGACCCGAGAUGCUCGCGAUGGCUGAAGUGAAGCUCAAGGAGAUGAUUGAGCUCAAGAAAGGCUUCCAAUUAGCGCUGCGUCAAGCUCCACGCGAUCAAGUUACUGCAUUUCGCGAGAAAUUUGAGGAGCAUUGCGCUCGUGUUGAAGAGCUAUCGAGCGAGUUCCGAUGGGCAAAGGCUGAACAAGAGCGCAACGGUUUAUUCGGCGAUCGAGCCACUACAAGCGCAGCUGGAGCUCGAGGCACAAAUGGCUUGGGCAACAAGGAAUUGCUUGAUAAAACGCUGGAUAUCCAAGCGAAGACGGAGCAAAGCCUGAUGAGCACGGCGAAGAUGGUUGAGCAGUCGAAAGAUGUGGCUGCGGCCACAGCGGAGGCGCUACGAGGUCAACGUGAGCAUAUCGUUGAGAUCACAGACGCCGUCAUGGGCAUCGAGGACAGUCUGCAGCGCGCUGACAAGCUUAUUCGCUCCUUCGCGCGGCGUAUGGCCACAGAUCGAGUCAUUCUGCUCUUCGCCUUCCUGGUGAUCGUCGGAAUCGCCGGUAUCGUUGGCUACAAGUCCAUGCAUCCCAAUGACACGACGUUCUACGUGCCGGAUGAAGUUACUCCUCCAGAUCCGACUGCACUUUACAAUACCACUGUGGCUGCCAUUAACAGCACACUUAGCUCGUAA